AUGUCCAAGGAUCCCGCAGCACAAUACAAAAUCCGGAAGGAGGCCUUUGUGUCGAAUCUUUCCGGAAGCUCGCUGACCGAGAUCAACUUGGUCACCCUCGUCGCCGCUUCUGCAGUCUUUCUAUGGACGGCGCUGCAAGCCCGGCAUUCGUUCUUCACGCCGUACACGCCCAUCGCCCUGGUGGCCGAUUUCCUGCUUAAUGUCUGCGCCAUUUUAUUCGCCAUCACACUGUACUCGUCCGCGCCGCUCGCGUUGACUAUCUUCCUCAUCACGCCGGGGAUACUUCUCCUGUCUCUCGGCGCCGGGGCCGGUCGAGGGAACCCGUCCAAUGGACCGGCAACGAGGCCGAAGAGACCGACAGGAGGUCAGCCUGGGCCCCGAUCCGCCGCGAGUGUCGCCGCUCCCAGUCGGACGGCGUCUCAGACACCAACGCUUGUGGUCCGCCCAUUCCUCACGCACUAUCGCGGGUCCAUGCUCGUGGUGACCUGCCUUGCCAUCCUGGCCGUCGAUUUCCCCAUCUUCCCGCGCCGCUACGCCAAGGUGGAAACAUGGGGCACCUCGCUGAUGGACCUGGGCGUCGGAUCCUUUGUCUUUUCCGCCGGCGUGGUGUCUGCUCGGGCGAUCGUGCGCUCUGGUGACGACGCCUCGCACUCACCGUCUGGACUUGCGAGGAGGAAGAACAACAACAGCACCAACUUCGCCGCCCGCUUCGUCAAGGCCCUCCGCCAUUCCGUCCCGCUGUUCGUCCUCGGCUUGAUCCGGCUCUACAGCGUCAAGGGCCUCGACUACGCCGAACACGUCACCGAGUACGGCGUGCACUGGAAUUUCUUCUUCACCCUCGCCUUACUGCCGCCCUUUGUUGAGAUUUCCGACACGGCGACCCGCCGCGUGUUCAAGUCGUACGAGGUCUUCGCGCUCGUCUUGACCGUCACGUACGAGCUGGUCCUCAAUAACACCACGCUGCUCUCGUACAUCCUGAUCUCGCCCCGCGGGCCGGACCUUUUGUCCAAGAACCGCGAAGGCGUCUUCUCCUUUGUCGGCUACUUGGCCAUCUUCCUCUUUGGGCGGGGAGUCGGUGUGCCUCUUCACAUACCGGAGAUGGAUGUCGGGAUCGAAAAUACACGCCGCGAACGGAUCUCUAUCCUACGAAACCUCAUCGUCCGCGCCGUAGUCUACGCGACGCUCUACACCCUCUCGACCAACCUGCACACAUUCAACCUGUCCGUGUCCCGCCGUCUGGCCAACCUGCCGUACGUGCUCUGGGUCGUAGCAUUCAACACGGCCCAGCUCUUCCUAUUCGGCAAUCUCGUCGAGGCAGCGCGAACCCCACCCGUAACCGCAACGGCCGCGACCGCGACAAGCACCAUCCUCCGUGUCUUCAACGGGAACGGACUCGCCGCGUUCCUCAUCGCGAAUCUCUUGACCGGGCUCGUCAAUCUCAGCUUCAACACCCUAGACAUGUCCCCUGCGAAGGCCAUGGCUCUGCUGAUUGGUUAUGCGUUGGUCGUGACGGCCGUGGCGUUGGGGUUGGAUAUGUCUGGCGUGAAGAUCAAGUUGUGA